AGUCGACACGGUCAGAGGGAAGUUAUGAGGAAAAACGCGACGGAUCGCCGGGGAAGGUGUCCGUGAGCGGAGGAGCCGGGCUGGAAAGAGGGGGGCUGACAGACAACAGAGUCACAAGUCUCAAUCCAGAGGCAGAGCGCCGAGUCCUCGCCAUGGCCGACGUGCUGGAGAGCAGCGGGGCAGGAGCUGUCGGAGUGGCCAGCGUGGAUUGGCAGAAACGCUGCGUUGCUCUCGAGAUGCAGCUGCUGAGGUUCCGGCUCCAGGCGGGGAAAAUCCGAGAGCUGCUGGCAGAGAAGAUGCAGGAGCUGGAGCAGAGGGUGAUGGAGUCUGAUCAGAGGGCGGAAAGUGCUGAGAAACAGAUCCAUGUCAUGGAAGAAAAGUUAAAAUCUGCAAACAUACAAACCAGUGAAUCGGAGAGCUCGCUGUACAGAAAGUACCAAGACUUGACCAAUCAGGUCCAAGAGAAGGACACUGUAAUCAAGAGGUUGGAGACACAGCUGGAAAAACAGAUCUCAGUCAGAGCCCAGGAGGCAAAAAUUAUUGAGGAGAAAGCUGCCAAGAUUAAAGACUGGGUCACCUUUAAGCUCAGAGAGAUGGAACAGGAGAACCAGCAGCUGAAAAUGGCCAACCUGAAGCAGACGGAGCAGAUGAUCGCGCUGCAGGAUAAGCUGCAAACUCUCCUGGAGAAACCUUCAUCCUCUGGAUCUCCUGCCACCUCCCCUGUAAUGGAUACCCACCUCGUGCCCAGCAGCCCGCUGUUUCCGCCCAGCUGCCCCGGCACGCCACCCGCCCAGGACGACAGCUGGAGGCAGCCAGGUCCUCGCGGGGCCACUUCUAAUAAGACCCCCUCGACAGAUGUGAAAAGGACCCCUGAGCAUGUCGGUAAAGGGAUUUGUUUUGGAGACCUUCCAGCCCACGAGGGGUUCUGCCAGAGUCGGAGCAGGGAGGGCCCCUGCAGCCCCGUCUCCGCCGGCGGACCGGAGCUUCCUGUGGGACGCUCGGACAGAGACAACUCGUCCGACGAGCUGAACAGCAAGUUCCGCUCCCAGUGCCUUCACUCGUCCACGUCCUCUUCGUCCUCGUCCUCCGCUUACGAGAUGGCCCACGGGCCGAGCUCCCCGGAGCUCCCCGUCAGAAUCACCCCCAAAAGCCCGCUCCUGUCCCGCUCCCCAUCCACCAACAACCCUUUCCCAAACGGCCCCCAUCCUCCGGCGCACCAGUCGGGCGCCAGCAUGACGCUGCCCAAGGUACGGACUCCCCUGACCCCCAGAGACAGCAUCCAGCUGGUGAAGAAGCACUACAGCCAGCCGCAGCCCGGCCUGGACAAGCUCCACCACCUCAACGUCAGCAUAGACAUCAUGACGCCGUCCUCCACCUCCUCCACGCUCAAGAGCACCGGCACCAACACGUCACCCUUCUCCCAGGUGGUGGAGGAAACGGACAUCGACGACGGGCUCCCGGACGGCAUGGACGGAGUGGUGGAGGGCCCGGGGGCGGAGGAGCCGUCCCGGGACGGCGUCUCCUUUGUGGGGCUUGCUGAGGAGCUGGAGAGACUGGAUCCGGAAAUCCUCAAGCCUCCCACUCCUCCUUUGCACCGCUUCCCCUCCUGGGAGAGCCGGAUUUACGCCGUGGCCAAGUCAGGAAUGAGGGUGUCCGAGGCGUGUCCUGGAGCCAGGGGCCCCGGACGAGGGUCCCAGUUACCUCAGUAUCCUGCAGCAGGUCCGUUCUCCCACCUGAUCUACAAGAACAUCAACGUCCCAGUCUACACCACACUGAAAGGGAAAGCCACUCAGAUAAGCAGCGUGCCUCUGCCGGACGACGACUCAGGCUCAGAGGAUGACAGCAGCUCUCUGGCCAGUUUGCGGACCUCCAUCCUGAGCCCGGACAGAAAGGGAAGUGUCCCUGGAAGCCCCCGUGCUGUCAAGAGAGGUGUGUCCAUGUCCUCCAUCAGCUCAGAGAGUGACUAUGCCAUUCCCCCGGACGCCUACUCCCUGGACAGCGACUACUCUGAACCAGAGCAUAAAGUCCAGAGGACCUCCUCUUACUCCUGUGAGAGCACCGGGCCUGAGACGCUGGAAAAGUCUGGAUACUUACUGAAGAUGGGCAGUCAGGUGAAAGCCUGGAAGCGCCGUUGGUUCAUCCUGAGGAAUGGAGAGAUCCUGUACUACAAAUCUCCUAGCGACGUGAUCCGGAAACCUCAGGGUCAGAUUGAGUUGAACUCAUCCUGCUGCAUCGUACGAGGAGAGGGUGCGCAGACGUUUCAGUUGAUUACAGAGAAGAAGACCUUCUAUCUGACCGCCGACUCACCCAACAUCCUGGAGGAGUGGAUCAGGGUUCUGCAGAACAUCCUCAAAGUCCAGGCCAGCAGCCCUGUGAGCGUGGAGACAGCCGCCAAGCCCACUGUGAGAGGAUGGCUUACAAAGGUCAAACAUGGACACUCCAAACUAGUGUGGUGUUCUUUAGUGGGAAAGGUUUUCUACUACUUUCGCAACCAAGAGGACAAGCUCCCCCUGGGUCAGCUCCAGAUCCGCGAGGCGUCCGUCCAGGAGGUGGACCGCUCCUGUGACUCGGACGAGGACUACGAGGCGGGCAGUCGAGGCUUCCUCUCGUCCCACUGCACCCUGGUGGUCCAGCCGAGAGACCAGAGUCCCACGUACCUGCUGAUCGGCACCAAGCAGGAGAAGGAUACGUGGUUGUAUCACUUGACUGUGGCGGCCGGCAGCAGCGCAAACUUUAAAGUGGGCACAGAAUAUGAGCAGCUCAUUGGCAAACUGCUGGAUGCUGAGGGAGACCCAGAAUCCGUGUUGUGGAAGAGCGAGGCCUUGAGUUUCUGUAAGGAGGGUCUCCGCUCGCCUCUCACCACCCUGCCCUCCGAGGCGCUGCAGACGGAGGCUCUCAAGCUUUUCAAGUCUUGUCAGCUCUUCAUCAAUGUGCUGGUCGAGUCUCCAUCGGUCGACUACCACACUUCGCUGGCCCAGAAUGCCUUGCAGGUGUGCCUGACCCACCCCGAGCUGCAGAAUGAGAUGUACUGUCAGCUGAUCAAGCAGACCAACCGCCGAACGCCACACAAUUACUCGCUCACGCAGUGUUGGCAGCUGUUAUCUCUGUGUGUGGCUCUUUUCCUCCCACAACAACACUUCCUCUGGUACCUGAGACAGUACCUGCAGCUCAACGCUGAGCCCAGGAGUGAAGUGGGAAAAUACGCGGUGUACUGUCAGCGGUCUCUGGAGCGAACGCUGCAGAACGGCGAGCGAGAGGCCAAACCCUCCCGGAUGGAGAUCGUGUCCAUCCUGCUGAGGAACCCGUACCACCACUCCCUGCCGUUCAGCAUCCCGGUUCACUUCAUGAACAACACCUACCAGGUGGUGGGUUUCGACGGCUCCACCACGGUGGAGGAGUUCCUCAACACGCUGAACCAGAGGAUCGCUGUCAGGAAGCCGCAGCUGACUGGCUUCGCCCUCUUCACUGACGAUCCGUCUGGGAAAGACUUGGAGCACUGCCUGCAGCCGUCUGCAAAGAUCUGUGAUGUUAUUUCAAAGUGGGAACAGACGUUGAAGGAGCUGCAUCCUGGGAAAAACGAGGGAACACGGAUCGUUCGACUGAUGUACAAGAACAGACUUUGCUUCAGAAGUCAGGCGAAAGGGGAGACGGAGCGAGAGCGCCUCCUGCUGGCGUACCAGGUGAACGACGAGGUUCAGCAAGGUCACUUCCCUGUGAACAAGGAGCUGGCUCUGGAGGUGGCGGCCCUCAUGGCUCAGGUGGAACAUGGCGACCUGGAGCGGCCCGGCGCCUCCUCGCCGACGGGCUCCCCUCAGUCCAAAUCUCAGCUGAUUCUUCUGCAGGUCUUAGAGCGUUUCUAUCCCAAACGCUACAAGCAGGACUGCAGCUCCGAGCAGCUCAGGGAUCUUACAGAGCGUCUAACCACUAAGUGGUCAAUGCUGCGUGGGUGCAGUGCAUCCGAGUGUGUGAGAAUCUACCUGACGGUGGCUCGGAAAUGGCCUCUGUUUGGAGCCAAGCUGUUCACGGCCAAGCCGGUCCCUCCCUCUCCUGUCGAGCAGAGCCAGGUGUGGCUGGCAGUCAAUGAGGACGGACUGUGUGUGCUGGAUUACACCAUGCACACGCUGGUCACGUACUCUUACCAGUCUGUGAUUACCUUCGGCGGCUGCCGGGAGGAUUUCAUGGUGGUCACGAGCCAGCAAAGGGAGCCCGGCGUCGGGAAGAAAAGCGUGGAGAAGCUGGUGUUCGCCAUGGCGAAACCCAAGAUCCUGGAGCUGACGCUGCUCAUGGCCAGCUACAUCAACCACUGGAACCCCGCCGGCCUCCCGCCGGCCUCCCUCCAGCCCCUCGGACACUGGGACGUGGACAGCAGGCAUUUCCCCACCAUGAACUACACCACCAAAGGCCCCACGCUACUGUGAACGUCGCGAGUGACCACGAGCAAGGCAGGAGUUACUUUGACUUUCAUCCGGAACUCAGUUUUACAAAAACAGGUACUCACAUCUUUUUCACCUUUUUUUUUUUUUUUUCUAAUAUGAAGAUUUAGAUUUACAGACAUGAGGAUCAGUCUUGUUGGACUAUUUAUUUAAUCUCGGCUGUUUUGUGGGGGAACUUUUCUGUUCAAUCUAAUUAUUUUUGGGAUUAUUCGCCACUCUUUCCUUUCAUUCACAAACUUUCAAAUUUUCAGGCUGUGCGUCACUCUUAACUGUUCACCGGUAAAUUAUCUGACAAGGUACCAGAGUUUGGAUCUGUUGAAGAGGUACUGCCCAUUUACAAGGACAGACGAGGCGCGUCAAAGCAGAGAUUUGUAGAUUUUAUUAUUAUAUUAUUAUUCCAAUCUAAUAAUAUUCUACUAUAGGACCAGAACUAACCAUUAUUUUGAUUAUUAGAUUAAAUCUUAUGGUUGUUUUUACCUAGGAUUUUGUUUUUUAACAGCAAGUUGGAAAUGAAAUUGCUGAAAUCUAUAAAAUUUUUGUUUUUUUUUAUUUUGCAGUUAGCUGAGCUAAUUGUUGAAAGGGUUUUUUUUAAAUUUGCCCAAGAAUACAUAAGCAUGUGAAUUUUUUUUAAUGAAACUCAAUGACACUUUUUCACAUAAAGCAGAGGCUUUGACAGAAUAUUUGCCACUUAUUUCUCUAAUAAUGAUGGAAAAACGUGGGAGGAUUGUCAUCUUCAGAUUGAGAUCACUGACAAAUCUAGCAAUCUGAUUAAAUCGAUCGAAGACUGAAGGUAGAAAAGAGAUAACUGAUAUGAAAGCAUUCUGAUCCCCACAGUAGAAACGUUUUCAGACUGCAGAUGCAUCUCAGGACUGUUUAAAUUUAAUGAUAGGGAAAUAAAUAACUUUUUUAUUCUGUAGUUUUUAGAUGUACCUGUAAUUCUUUUAAAUCUGCAAAAUACAAAUAUUUUAAGGAGUAUUUUUACUAUAUAUUUUAAAACCCAUCAGUGGCUGAAUUUGAUCAUUUAUUGUCACAUUUGAUGUUAUAAUGUGGUUAAUUAUAGUGUGAGAGAUAACCUGUUUACAAGCACACUGACACACUCAGAUUAUUGAAGUGACUAUAAACAGAUUGUUUUAUGUUAAAGGUAUUAAUUCACCAACACUACAUGAAUAUUGUGUACCUUUUACUUCUUUUGAUCAUUAUUGAUACUGACCGCUGACCUUUCCCAUGUAAAACCCAACAGCCAUACUAAAGGGAUGGUCGGUGUCGUCCCAUUCACCUGUCAGUGGUCGAAAUGUUAGUUAAUGUGUAUUAAAAUGGGAAAACAGAUUUCUACUGUGGUGGCCUGAUGUUUGUCGUAAAUAAUGUUAUCUUUAGAAAAGAAUUACUGAAUUCAUCUGAUUGUGAUCAGUGAUGAGGUACGGUGCAGCUUCUGGCUGAACAUGACAACAAUCUCUCUCAGAUCUGCUGUUACGGAGGUACGCAACAAACAAUGAGACAUAUCCUGUAAGAUAUACUGUAUGUGAAUGUUCUGAUGUUCUCUAAUUACGCAUUUCUCCUGAAAGACGCCGAGGAGCCACAUAUAUUCAGAAUCAGAUGAUCAAUCAAAGGAGAGGACACUGUUUAUCAGAGCUACCGGAAUACUCCAAAGACUUGAACUUGUUUUGGAUAAACCACUGUCUUCCUCAUGUUCUUAUUAUUAGUUAUUUAUUUUCUCUUUAACUUCUUGGCUUGAAAGGAAAAGUUUCCCACAGCGAUCAUGUUUCCUUUGUGUAGCAGAGUAAUUUAAGAGCAGAGUAUGUUUGGUUAGUGUACUAAAAUGUCUUCUGAAUGUUGUGAAGAUGGUGUCUUUCUGUACUGUAUGAGUGGUAAUAAAAAUAACUGCUACA